AUGCCCGCGACCUCCAAAGGGCCUCUCCGUACCGUUCCCGAGACCGACUGGCUCUCCCGCGCCAACUACCACGCCAACACCAACAACGGUCACGGUCAAACCCACGCCCACAAGCACUCGCUCUCACACUCCUCUCACCGGUCCCGUCGCCCUUCCCUGGGGACCAACCAAGCCACCUCCUUCACCCUCACGAUGCAGCCUCCCCCGCCUCCGGACCCCUCGCGCUACGCGACCUCUGACCUCAACUUCACCCGCAAGACCUGGCCCGAGGAGAAGGACAAGGUCAUCACCGGCCCCUUUGACUACCUCUUUGCCCACCCGGGCAAGGACUUCCGCGCCCAGCUCAUCCAGGCAUUCAACGUCUGGCUCGAGGUGCCCCAGGCCAGCAUCGAUGUCAUUACAAACGUCGUCGGUAUGCUGCACACGGCUUCCCUCCUCAUCGACGACGUGGAAGACUCAUCCUCCCUCCGCCGCGGCCUCCCCGUCGCCCACAACAUCUUUGGCGUAGCCCAGACCAUCAACUCGGCAAACUACAUUUACUUUUGCGCCCUCCAGGAGCUCCAGCGCCUCAAGAACCCAAAGACAAUCUCCAUCUUUGCCGAAGAGCUCGUCCACCUCCACCGCGGCCAGGGCAUGGACCUCUUCUGGCGCGACACCCUCACCUGCCCGACGGAGGAGGACUACCUCGAAAUGGUCGGCAACAAGACGGGCGGCCUCUUCCGCCUGGGCAUCAAGCUCAUGCAGGCCGAGUCCCGCAGCCUCACAGACUGCUCCGAGCUCGUGAACCUCAUGGGCCUCAUCUUCCAGAUCCGCGACGACUACAUGAACCUCUCGUCCAAGGAGUACUCGGACAAUAAAGGAAUGUGCGAGGACCUGACCGAGGGCAAGUUCAGUUUCCCCAUCAUCCACAGCAUCCGCUCCGACCCGUCCAACCUGCAGCUCAUCAACAUCCUCGGGCAAAAGACGAAUGACGUCGAGGUCAAGCGCUUCGCCGUCGCGCGCAUGGAGAGCACGGGAAGCUUCGAGUAUACCAAGCAGGUCGUCGGCGUGCUCAUUGACCGCGCGCGCAAGAUUGCGGAUGAUAUCGACGAGGGCCGCGGGCUGACCAAGGGUGUGCACAAGAUUCUCGACAAGAUGGUGCUCGCUGAUAAGAAUACGACUUCAUGA